CUGGUCACAGAUGGCGCCGAGGGUGCCAGCUCAUCCCCAUCAUCCUCCUCCUCAGCGCCCAUCAUGCCUGUCCCUGGGGCUCAUAAGCCCGUGCUUGACGACCUCAGUUCGGACAGCGACGAUGACGAAUUCUUCGAUGUUAUUCCACUCGGCCAUCGUGUCUUCGAUAACAACUUGACUGCGAAAGAUACCAAGAGUAAAGCAGCCUGCUCGACCACCAAUGCUGAGUCGACACAGUCAAAUAAAAGUCCGGCUGUCGUCCCCAGUAUGGGGAACAUGCUAGGUGGUGGUAAUAGUGUAGUUUCUGCUGCUAGUGUUCCGUCCAUUGCUGCUGCUAGUGCCGCUUCCACGUCUUCAUCCAGCAUCCAAUCAGUUGCCAUUUCCACUGCUUGCCUCAGCACUACCGGCGCUGCUGACACUGCGGUUAUUACACACGCAAGCGAGGCCACGAAAUUACCCAGUGCUUCGCAUACAGCCUCUUCUUCAGUCAUAACUACAGCGGUUACAACAUCCUCUGUUUCAGCUCGUGUCAUUCCCAUGGCACCUCCUAGUGUGCCGUCAACUGUAGCUAACGGCCCCAUCCAUAGCCCCUCAGUGAGUUCAAUGGCACCUCCUGGCACUCCCGUGCUUAUCAAAGCCUCCACUGUAUCGACGAACUCCGCUCCUGAUCGCUGUGUCACACCUUCGCCCUCACACAAAAAAUAUCAGGCACCUCAGCCCCCGGGGUCUUUGUCUCGACAAGCAUCGAGCGCGUCCAUCGCCCGCCCUCCAACGGGCCCAGAGCCUCUCAUGCGACAGCUCUCGAGCGCCUCCCUCGCACGCAACUCUGCCGUCUUCAGUGAAGGGGGAAAAAAAUGCCAGCGGUCCCCUUCGCUAAAGAAGUACCCAGCGCCUGCGCCACCUGGUCUUGUAAGGGAGGGUUCUUCUCUAAGCAUAAAAAGUUCUGCCGUUGCAGGUUGUUCGAAACUCACCCCGUCGGACGACGUUCUUUGUGAGAAGGUUCUGAACGAUGGUUGUAGUUCUACUUCUUCGAGUAGCGUUACUCAGCCUGUAGGCCCCAGUCCAUCUGAAACUGAAUCUGCGGUAAAAAUGAAUAUUUCUGAAACUUCUGUGAGUUCAAAUAAAUUAACGAAUGGACAUGUGGAAGAUAUCCUCAGCGCUUUCCAACGAGGAGCUUCCGAUUCCUUGCAGCAGCUAAAGACCGCAAAUAAAGAAAGAAACGAAAUAAAAAACGCUACUCGGAGCCCGAGUGAAACAAAAUCGCAAACGCUGAGCGACGAUUCUUUAGUCGGACAAAGUAGCAGCAAUGAUGUGAGCGUCGAGAGCAGCGCUACUGAUGACGACAUCAAAAAGCGUUCAUCGUCUCGAGAAACGAGUUCGAAAAAAGCCUCUCGAAAGUUAGGGUCUUUAACCAGCAAGUUUGAAGCCGCCUCGCAAUCUACAACUGAAGUGAAUUCUCCAAGUUCUCCAACUGACGUCAAAACGCGGAAGUUUGCUCCAAAAGCCCCUUCUAAGAACAAACUGGGCAGCUUAGCGAGUAAGUUUGAGCCGAAUGAAUCUUCAUCUAAUAUCAGCAGUAACAUAAAAAACCCAAAUGUGAGCAAGUUGCCAUCACCUUACAGCGACCCGUUUGACUUUCAGCCAGCGGCUCCACCGCCUGUGAUUCAACGUAAAAGCAUUGGAGGAAUAAAUGUCAGUAAAUUUGGUGGUACUGGGAGAUUCCCCACACAACAACAACUGAGAAAAAAUUCCAAACCUUACUUGGGAGAAGUCGACCCAACUGUCCCUAGAACUGUUAACAACGGCGCGGUGAACGGCGCGCAGUCCGAAAGCGUUUUAGAACCUGCCAAUUCAAGCAACUCGAUUCCAGCCACUACUUCGCCAAUCAAAGAAUCCGCUACUGCAGGCAAUUCUGUUCCAGACUCUACGUCGCUUAUCGAAGAAUCUGCCAAUGUAGGCAAUUCUGCUUCAACCACUACGUCGCCAAUCAAAGAACCUGAUAAUGUAGGCAAUUCUGCUCCAGACACUACAUCACUUAUCAAAGAAACAUCUAGCGCUAUCAGCUCCGUUUCCGUCAGUAUGUCGUGCACUAAAGAAGCGGGCAAAGACUCCGAGAAAAUUGAAACCGCAAACAAAAAACAUUUUGUUUCGUCCCCUCAGAGACUGUGUGCUGAUCCUGUUGAAAACUUCGACAGGGAACAUCAAGAGAAGCCUACUGAAAGACGAUCCGAAAAAUGCCCUUCUGGUUUAUCUGGCACAGAUUUAGCUCUUGAUCAUAAUGUUAUUCAAAAUAAUCAAGAGGUGAAAGAGAACGGUUCCGCUUCUAAAUCCGCUUUCUCUGAAGUGGAAGACGUGACAUCCGAGUCAAUUAAAGAAGAGGUAGUUGACAAUUGCUCGAAAUCUCCAGAUAUUUUAGAUGCCCCGGUGACAUCCUCGCAUACCUCAACCACGAGCAAGCUAAUAGCGGCACAUUCUCAAAACUCUGUUGUCGCUCCCUCAACUAAACUAUGUAUUAUGCCCUCUUUAUCCGAUACUACCACACUUUCUGCAACCCAAUUAAAUUUCUCUGUCACUGAAGAACCCAUAUCCGCUCCUUCGUCUGACACCGCUUUGUUCUCAGACUCUCCUGGCCUACCUGCCGUGCCUUCUAUGGUUUCUGCAUCAUCGUCCCUCGUUUCACCCUCGUCGUCGUCCACUGUUUCGGCCAAGUUGAUCUUGAUCCCCAGCGAGUCUUUGAUAACUUCGACGCUCUCUACCACUGACGACAAGAACGCCUCAGCUAUUCUUGUGAACGGGAAGCCGGAAAUUUAUCCAGCGAUAUCUACUUCGUCUGAUCAGAUGCGGCCAACUGCUACUAAUGAUAGGAAAGAUAGCUUGGAUUCCGGGUCCAUUUCUUCUGAACAUCGAUCGUCGACGGCGGAAUGGUCAUCUAAUCUGUGUGGGAAGUCUGAAGUUAAGUUCUCUUCAUUGAAUGUGUCUCCAGAAAUACUUUCUCCAUCCAUAUCACUGCCCAGUGCUUCAAUAUUCACGAGGGCCUCCUCCGUAUCUCCUUAUAUUGGUGUCUCGCCCACUAGUGAAAAUGUCCUUAACACUGACGAUAUUUUCAGCCGAGCUCGAUCAUUGACGCCUAUGGGAAACAUAGGUGAGCGUAGAUUGCUUCAACCGAAAUCUAGAUUUUUACAAUCUGGCGGUGUAACGAGUGCUCUUGAUCUGGACAAACCUGAGUCUGCCCUGGAGAAGUACAGGCGUCGCAGGGAACUUCGGAACCAAGCUGCUAGGGCUCAGCUUGAGGCUCUCACUAAGCCAGCACACGAGACGUCUCUUCCUAACUCGACGUUAAGCGAUGCAGUGUCUGCUCCGAAGGAAAUUGCAUCGAACUCCAGUGCUUCUACAAGUUCCGCAUUCAAGCUCGACCUCUCAGGCAUAAAAGACUUCCUUAAGAAAACCGAAGAAGAAAUAAGCAAGUUACCUCGGUACAUUAGGGAACCUUGGUCCAUGUCAGAAUUUUUAAGCGGCAACAGGACUUCUAGCUCUGCAUCUUCUACUCUGGAAACUGCGACUGACCCACUUGUGACUCUUCCAAGCGUUCUUUGCAAUGGCUCUUUACAAUCGUAUUCAUCAUCUCCUGAAUUGGACUUAACAAAAGCACGUAAUCGCAGCGGCAGUGACGGGGACUUGGAAGUUUAUGUUGAUGCCAAGGAUCUGCUGGACACUUCACAGCUGGACACUCUCAUGCCCUUGCCGGAUGCGCGCAGUCUGGACCGCAGAUGUCGCUCUGUCACCCCCAGCAGAGUCAUCGCCAACACCGAGAAAAUCCUCUCCCAGACCGAUCGCUUGCUCAAAAAAUCGCGUUCCGGUAAUUCCCUGAGGAAGUCCUACUCUCGGUCCAUCUGUGCUGCCAACGUCGAAAGGCUGGCUGAGGUAGUGGCUGACCUGGCUGAGGAGCACAGCACGGCUCAGCUGGCUGGCGAGAGGCUGGAGGCAGAGCAGGCUGACAGGAUGAGGCUGGAGAAGGAACUCGACGCCACUCAGAGCGACAUGCGUGAGCUGAGCGAGGCCAGAGAGCGCCUGGAGCACGAGAAGAGCGCCCUCAGGGUGGAGAUGUUGCAGCGAGCAUCCUGCCUCACCAACGGCGACGCUCACGACGCUCACGACGCUCAUGACGCCUCGUCUGCCUCACUAUACAAACGCAAGUACGAGUGGUCGCAGCGGGAGGUGGAGACGCUGAAGGAAACACGCAAGUACGAGUGGUCGCAGCGGGAGGUGGAGACGCUGAAGCAGCAGCUGCGGCAGCACCAGCAGGACGAGGUCGAGCAGACGUUGCUGCUCAAGAAGCAGCUCGAGAAGAAGAUGAACGACGCGCGCGAAGAGACGGAGGAGCAGCGGCAGGUGGCGGGGCAGCUGAAGAAGCGCACGCAGCGUCUGCAGUCUGAGAUGAACGACCUCAAGAUCUUGCUGGAGGAACAGUCCGCCCGCAACGCCCUCCUCGAGAAGAAGCAACGCAAGUUCGACGCGGAGGCGGCUGCGUGGCAGGACGAGCUCCGCAGCGAGCGCCUCUGCAGGGACAAGAUAACAGCCGAGCGCGACGCUAACCUCGCCUUGAAGUACGCAGCCGACCAGGAGCUUUCUACGCUGAAGCUGGAGCUGGAGCUGCGCGACGAACGCGUGGCCGCCCUCACCAAGCAGCUGGACGAGCUCUCCGUCUCGUCUCAGGGCGACCAGGAGGUCACUCAGCUGCGCAAACUCAAGCACGACCUCGAGAACAAACUCAAGGACCAGGAAGAAGAGCUGGACGAGCUGGCCGGUCAAGUGCAGAUGCUGGAGGCAGCGCGCACUCGCCUUGAGAUGAGCAACGAACAAAUGAGGAAAGAACACAAGAAAGAAGUGCAGCAGAGGGAAGAAGAGGUCGAGGAAGUGCGCAUUGCCGCCCAGAAAAAAGUUAAAGCGCUGGAGGCGCAGGUGGAGACGGAACACGAGGAGCGUACACAGCUGGUGCGGGACAAGCAUGAACUGGAGCGACGCUUGCUGGAGCUCCUGGACCGAUCCAGCGUCGCUCCUGACGACGAUUUGGUGCACAGACUGAAGAAAGACCUCCGCAAGACGAAGGCUCUGCUCAAAGACACUCAGACGAUGCUGGAGAAGACGCAAACCGACGGUCCCAGCAAGCUCAUCAUCCGGCAGCUCAAGACUCAGCUGGAGGACUGCGAGUUCGCCAAGACCGCGGCGCUGAAGGCCCGCCAGUCCGCUGACGCAGACCUCGCUGAGCUGCAGGUCUCCUUGGAGGACGCCCAGCGCUGCCGGAAGGAGGCCGAGGACCGCUCGUCUAGGCUCCUCAAGGAGAAGACCGAACUCCAGACGCAGCUUGAAGAGAACGAGGAGCUGCACGCAGAGACGCUGAAGAAAUACAAGUCGACCGUGUCACAAAUCUCCGUCGACCAGAUCACGCUCUCUGAACAGUCACAGAGAAUAGCCGAGCUCGAGCAAGAGAAGCAGCUGUUGUCAGAGCGCCUGCUGGAGCUGAGCAGCAAGGUGGAGGUGCUGGAGGGCGAGACCGCCAACAUCCACACGCAGCGGAUGUUGCAGAUGAAAGUCAAGGAGCUCGAGUCUAAACUUGAACUCGAACUCGCUACCAAGAAAAGAAUUGAGAGCCAAGUGACGAGGCUGAAGGAGCAGGUGGAGCGCCUGAGCGGUGAGUGCGACCUGGCGAAGGUGAAGGAGUCGCAGAGCCUCGAGCAGAACAAGAAGCUCGGCCGUCAGCUGCGUCAGGCCAAGGAAGAAGCCGCCCUCUUCGAGCAACGAAACACGGAGCUUAACUCCAAGAAACAGGAGCUUGAGAAGCAGAUGGAGAUCAUGGAGUCUGAAGUAUCCACCCUCAAGAGCGAUCUCAAAUUAGCCUUUAAGAGAAUAGAAGAUUUGCAAGUCGCCCUCCAGGGGGACAUCUCUGACUCAGACUCUGAGUUAUCGGACAGCGAUACCGAUAGCGACACGAGUCUUACCAGAUACCUCUCUUCGCGCUCUACCGCCCGCCCAACAACCUCUGCUACAGGAGAGGUAGCUUCUGCUCAUACGCUUGACCAGGCUGCAAAUGCCAGAGAAGACGAUGUGAUGUCUCCUGGCGGCGACGCCAUGGCUAGGAUCGAGGAGGCUCAAGAGGACGAACAGCGCUCGGAGUCCUUUGCGUGAUGGAGAAGUGGAUCUGGUGUAGAGCUGUGGCUCCUGUGUAGAGCUGUGGCUCCUGUGCAGAGCUGUGGCUCCUGUGCAGAUCUGUGGCUCCUGUGCAGAGCUGUGGCUCCUGUGCAGAGCUGUGGCUCCUGUGCAGAGCUGUGGCUCCUGUGCAGAGCUGUGGCUCCUGUGCAGAGCUGUGGCUCCUGU